CACGUACGGUCUGUAAGAACCUCAGCUAAGAAUCAGGAAUAUCCAAAGUGUGGCGUACUUAAACACGACCGCUUUUCGUAUAAGCCAACUAACCAGUUUAUUAGCGGCGUGAGGAGAUGCCAAGCUCGACUCAAAGCACAGCUGUAUAUGAGUCCCAACAACAUGUUCGAGUGCGAACCCUGACGAGGUAAGCGCAAUCGAACCAUUUGGAACACCAAAAAAUAUAGAUGAGGAGCAAUCGAACACCAGUUAGCCACAGGUAAAACAGCAAGUCACCACACCGCAGCACAUGGUUAAUGAGAAAGAGUUGGCGCAAGCGUUGAGAGCGCUGGUGUUUGGUUGGAUCAGCGGGUUGGAAAAGCUAAUAAGCUGACAACGCGCGACUAGACUUGCUGAAGCCGGUAUUUUUGGUCGACAAGCAAUCGCUGAGCCAGGCUUUUGUUGUGUGUUUUGUUAAGAAAGUGCCCGUAUGCCGGGAGAGUGUAUGAAUGUAUGUAUGUGGCGAUCAUCGAUCUUACCAAUGCAACACUCAGCGGUUUGCGUGUUGACUUGCAAGUCAGUCAGUUACUUUUUAACGUUGAACUUAAGCGCAAGUUGAUUUUCGGAACACGUAGCGAGUUCAAGUUGGAAUUCUACACUACACUAAAGGAAUGCGCGAACGCGGGAACAAGGGUGCCAUGCAUGAAGAAGCAGUAGAAGCCAAAACAGCAGUGUGUAGUGCAUGUGAAAAAGUGCUCGUAGUUGAAAAUGCUUAAAAAGAAAGAUCCGUGUUCAAACGCUUAAGCAUAAAAGUUAUUGUUUAUGGAAGGGAAAAAAAUUAAAAAAAAAAAUAUUUGCUCAAUAAAUAAAAAAAGUGUUUGAGUGAUUAAAGAGACAACUGCAUAAACUUUGAAUUAGAUUAAUUAUAUAAAAAUGCAAAUUCUAACUAAAAAAAAUUCGAAUAUGUACAAAACGUGAAUACAAAUACACAUACAUAUUAAAUAGCUAUCUACAUGGAUGACUGUGUGUACAUGGUAUAAAAAGUUUAUUAAAAAUAUGAUACAUGUCUAAAAUUUACAUUUAUUUUUAAUUUUCGCGUCUUAAGUUAAUUGAGAGCCACAACUCGUUUUCUUGCUAUUUUACCAACUCAAAAGUGAACUGCGACACAAAUUCUUCUAAAAGGCGUUUGCGAAUUAGAGAAGUAAAUGGAAAAGGUGCUAAUUGCUUGACUUUUAAGUCGUAAAGCAAAAAUAAAAAUAGAAAAAAUAAAUAAAUAAAUAAAAAAGAGGCAAGAGUUAAGAAGCAGUGAAUGUGCAGCAAACAAAAUUAAAUAAAAAUAAUUAUAAUAACAAAUAAACAAAAAAAUAUUAAACUUUCAUUAAAAGCAACAACAAAAAUCGUUACAAAGAUUUUACAAAUUUGUAAUUCAGCAAUCUGAUUUCUAAAGAUUCUAACAAUCCUACGUUUCUAUUAGCAACAACAACAAAAACAGUAUUUUAUUCAUCGCCAACUCACUCAACUCUAAUUACAUACAUAUGUACAUGAUAUGUAAACCAUCUUCAAACAUCGCAUCAACUUCAGCAAAAUUUCAGUAUUUAAUCAAAAUUUAACCCAUCACAUUCCAUCGAAAACACUUCUAUCAUUUUGGAAGCAUUUUUAUGUGGAUUUCGAGAUAAAUUUCCCCAUGAAAUUUUAUGCAAGCGAGUAGCGGAUAUUUUUUACGUUAUCUUCGAGUGAUAAUGUCAAAUAAAUAUCAUUUUCGCUUAUCGAAAAUUUAAUAAAUUCUGUACGAAUGCUGAACUUGGUGCUAUAUAAAAAGCAAUUAGAAUAUGUACUUACUUAAUAAGGAAAAAAAAAAACGCGAAACAAUAAUACAUACAAGUAAUAAUAAACAAAAGCGAAAAGUGCUAUUGCUAUGUUUUGUGCUAUGGAAGCUAACUGCCAACGCUUGCCAUUUUUAAUCUAAGCAAAUCUAUUAAGGCAUCUACACGGAAUUCAAAGAACACAAAAAUCGAUUAUUAAUUUUAACAAUUGCACAAAAGCCGAAACGUGUGAACUGCUUACUACGUACGUAUCGAAUGUAGCAAAUCGUUGAGGCAGAGUAAAUAGCAUUUAAACCCAAUAAGAAAAAAAAGUAUUGGUGCCACUUGGGCAGUGAUUGCAUAAGCGAAAGUGCAACGAAAACGGUAUGCUUUUACCGCAGCUGACAACGGAACAAACAAUUUUUGUUGGUCAGCACGAAAAAAGAGAAAGGAAUCGUAUUUUAAGCUGUAGGGGCAAUUGAGGAAAAUUGAAAAAUUUCAACCGAAAAAUCGUGAUUGAAGAAAAUUUAAGCUAAAACCGACGAUAUGGAGCAUUUGGAUUUGGCAGGUGUGAUCAGCACGCCAACACUAUGGAAUAUGUCGGCAUUCGAUCAACAAGAUGCCAUUUACUUGUCCAGCUCACGACAAAUGCUCGAGCCCAUACUCGAAGAAACGUCGGAGGAUGAGGAGCACGCGCAAAACAGCUGGAAUCAGUAUGAGCAGGGCAGAGAACAUUUUUGGAGCUCCACUGAAUCGGAGACUGGCUCUGUCAUAAGAAUCGAAGUUAAUAAAGAUCCCGAUUCGAUUUCAGAGCGCGAUUUCGCCUGUCCUGCUAAGCGCGCACGUCGUUGCGACGAUUUCAUCAUAGGCGGCCAGCUAUCCACUGUCGUCCACUCGGCCACACAACAGCCUCCUCAACAGCAGCCGCCGAUUUCGGGCAGCUUUGAUGAUACUGUGCUGUUGCGCCGCACCCAGCGCCCGUGCGACUACAAUGAGGCGAACAGCAAUAGCCUAGAACGCUUUCUGGCCUAUGAGGCCUGCACACGCGACAGUUGGGGUCAACAAUCGCAACCAGUGUUGCAGCAGCAGCAGCAACGCAACAGUACUGGCAGCCGGCGUUUCGAUGAAUUCUCCGAUUCGGAUAGCAUUUCCUACCACUCACUCAGCCGUUCGUCCUCGCUGAUACAAUUCGAGUCGUUGGAGCGUCAGCUACAGCUGCAGGAGCAGCACGCGAGCAUGUCCAGUUUGGGCAACUCAUCGCCCUCAUUGCUAAGCUUCGAUGGCGCGCGCAGCACUGGUGCUUUGAAUGGCAGCGAAGAUGGCGUGCGUAGCGGCGCUAAUAGUGGCAGCAACUCUGGCAACAAUAGCCGUCGUGGCUCACAAAUUUCGCUGCUUAAGCGCUUCGAGUCGUCCGAUGGGCGACUGCAUCAGACUUACUUUGAUUUAGAUAAGCUGAAUUUUGAUGAUGACCAGCGCGUGCUAUUCGGUGGUGCUAGCAAAUCGAAUUUGAUGGAGGCUACUGUGGGUGAGGUGAAAUCAGAUUCGGAAUCAUCUACCAGCUCGGGCAGCUCAUCAGGCAACAGUAUUUUGACGGCAUCGAAGCCAUCAGCGGAAGAUUUAACUGACUCGAGCAGCACGGCGUGCACGCGCGCCGGACGCAUGAUGGCAUUUCAGCGCGCAGGCAAAAGUUCGGCAGAAAAUCUUUCCGAAGACUCGGGCUACUGCGAGCCGUCGACGCUGCGGCGCACAAAAUCGAAAAGUAUACCAAAAAAUUUCGAGAAAUUCUGCGAGGAAGAAGAGGAAUUCCAGCAGUAUGACUACGCGUCGGAACGGCAUGCGUUUGAGGACGUUGACAGUGUGACAAAAACAACACAUCAACAACAACAAAUGCAGCAACAACAUUCCAAAAACAACAUCAUCAACAACAAUUUAGGCGGCGAUGUCGCGUCUACAAAGCAUUACGUCGUCGUAGGACAUGAAAUAUGUCAGCCAAAAAUAAAUGACGCCACAUUCAUCGUAGCAGCAGCGGCGGACGACGAAGACUACGAAACAUCAUUCAAUGCGCGAACCACACCACCGCCACUACAAGCAUCUCAACUGCCAGCAGCCAGCAAGUGUGAUGAAGGAGAGCAUGCAGCAGCAGACGACCACGAAGGCGACGUCUAUGAUGUAGAGGAGGAAUUCGACGGCGAGGAGCAUGAUGUACAUACAGAAGCUAUUGGUACGCGCCAUGUAUUGGCGUGUCCACGCUAUGAACGUGUUAAAAAUAGCCCAACGCGAGAGGCGACGACUACCGCCAUGCUACUCGAACAGCGCCGCUCGUUGGCGCACUCGCCUUCGCCUGUGGCGUCCGAUGUCUCCUCAUCAUCAGCAUCAUCGUCGGGCAGCAGUUGCGGCACAACGCGAUCCUCCACCUCGGCAUCGACAUGCGCCUCAGCCGCCUCAUUCACAUGGCUACCAACACCGAGACAGUUGCAACAGCAACAACACCAACUACAACUACAGCUACAAUUAGAACGAGCGCAGCAACGGCAUUCGUCAACAACCUCCAAUUCAGAGCUAUUAGCAGCGCAACAUCAGCAUCGAUCGACUCUCGAGAAUUUUUGUGCAAGUCUACGAAACAGUUUGCCAGAUAUACGCGACGCGUUAGGUACUACAACCUGCAAAACUGUUAUCGAAACAGAUUUUCCUGUAUUUUCGGAAGAACGCACCGACAACAGCGACGCGAGCGACGCAAACGGCAACGGGCUGGAGCAUUUACGGAGCGAAACGAAGACGUUGGAAAGUGAAAUUAGGUGCACUGACGAACGGUCAACGGGUGGCACAACGAGUCGACCGUCCAAUUUAGACGAUUCGGACUUGAGUACGACAUCGGCAUCGCCGCGUGAAAGUCACAGUGACGAAACGGGCGAAGAAUCGACGCCAGAGGCUAGAAAGCGACAACGCGUCUACAACAGUGGCAGUGGUGGUGGCGGUGGUGGUAGAGCUGUGGCCGAAAGUAGUUGUAUUGGUGGUUACGUCACCGGUGGACGGCGCAUUUCGAGUGUACCAAGUGAACUGAAUAAAUUGGGACGCAAAAAGCGUGUGAACACACGUCACAGACAUUGCAAAUCGUCACCGGAAGAGGAUAUCGCAACCGAGACUAGCCCCAGCAGCUCCAGUGUAGAAGAGGCAGAGGACGAGGACUUUUUCGACACUGCGACAUCGUUGAAAAUACGACGUAGUUGCAGUUGGUCAGAGCGGCGCGAACGGAAUUUGCAGCGGUUCGAGGCGGCGUUCGGCAGUAGACCGCAGCGUGAGGGCGGCAGGCAUUGGGCUACACAAUCGUUGGGUUAUAUGAACGCCAGCUAUCAGGAUUUAACGCAAUUGGAUUAUUCGCGGAAACAACUGGAAGGAGAUUUGCAGCAGCGUAUCAGCGCACAGUCUAAUUUAAAGCGUUGCAGCGAUAAUUUGGCUGGUGACGGCGAACGCGACGUCGACAUCAACAGCAACAGCGACAACAUGGACACGCCCAAGAGCACGGCCAGCGCCGAUUAUGAGAAUAUUAUUUGCAAAGGCAAUUUCUUACUCGAUGAACUUUCACAAAUAUACGACCGCAAUGCUUCGAUUUUGAACGAUAAACCGAUUGACGGCGAAGAGCAGUUGUUGUUGUUGCCCAACGCAGCAGUAAAUGUUGCGGAUCGUCCGAGCUGCAGUCCGCGCCCACCACCUCGUCAGCGCAAGCACUCCAACUCGAGUUACUCGGAUUUGGACAGUGUUGGCGGUAGCGCCGGUUGCGCCGACGAGCAGGUGGAUUCAGCAGCGCAGCAUGUGCAAUUGACCAUACGCAAGCCUCCCGCGCGUCAAAAGCACGCACGCAAAUCGGAGGCCACUCACAGUUUAGUUAGCGACGUGCAGCUCUUUUCCAUUGAGACGCCUACCAAGCACACAACAACAGAGUCUUACGGCAAGACAUUCGAUCAAGAUCCCACUAAUUUGCGCACAAGUUACGCGCAGAGUUUAGAGAAAUGCAAUUUCGAUCCCAAGGAGUUGAGCAACACCGAGUUGAAUAAAACGAAUGCAAUACCAAAGCGGCGCUUCCACUCGCAAGCAAGCGCCACAAAGCAGCGCAACAUGGUGUCUAGCACGCCCAACUUGAAUGCCUACGAUCCACACGCAGACGAAAUGGAGGACGACAUGUACGUAUCAAGCGCGCACACCUCCAUGCAUCAGCUGCCGCAGACCACAGCGCAAAAGCCGCUGGGCAUACUGCUGUCCGCAGGCUCGCGCACCUCCUUCAGCAAAGAAGUGAGCUUCUGCCCGGUCGUGUCGCAAUACUCCUGGCAGGAGCAGUCCUCUGAGGAAUAUGCCGAACAACAGCAGCAGCUGCAGCAGGAGCGCGAGAACGCGCAGCAGGAGGAAACAGAUGAUGAAUUGCUGGACAAUGCGGACGCCACAGUCAUACAAAAUACGCGUGUGAAUGAAAUUAUUGCCGCGCGCUAUGCGGCUGAACUUAAGAGCGCGCUCGCCGCGGGCAAUGCCACUAAGAGUGUGGCGCAAAUUAGAGCGGUGCCCAUUGAGAAAGUAAGAGCAAUGAUAAUUGUAAGAGAGCGUCAAGUGGCAGCCGAAGAGCAAGAGAGAGAGCGCGCACGCAUGCAAGAGCAAGGCGCUCUGGAAGAGAGCGUGCUACUAGAACAGGUAGAGAGUGUAGCCAUGGCAAAAACAUCGCACAAAGCCAGCGGAGACUACAGCGCUGAAACAAAGGGAGAAGCAUUAAAACUCGACUCAAACGCGCCAGGCGAGGUAGCUGGCGCUGCAACUGACUACAACGAAACGGUGAACGCUGGAACAGUGAAUGUGAAUGUUAGUCACAAAUCGACGAUCAUUGAUGCAACAACGAAUAUUGUGAAAGCGGAACAAACGACGGUCGCACAAAAAUCAAGUGGCGCAAAUAACGAAGCAAUCAAAAACGACGCCGCGUCGCAAUCUAAUCGGAAUAGUAGUUUCAGCGAAGGUGCAAGUGGAGGCGGUGCUAGCGCUAAAGAUAACGCCAGUGUUAGUAAUAGUAGCGGUAAUGAACAAACGCGUCCGCUCAGCAUACACCUGCCGAUACUGAGUGAGCCGCCCGUAAAUCGCGCGCAUCACAUCUUGUACGCGUCUCAGCAGCUGCUCGACAAUUUCGAGCGGCGCCAAAGUGAGCAAUAUUACUAUCAAAAUAACGUUAAUAAGAGUGAAAGUGAGGUAGGGGGCAGCGUAACAGAUAGGCGUACUAAAAGUGUUGGUAAUUUGAGUGUUGCGCAAACGACGCGCUACAAAAUGUCUAACGCCACAGUGGGUGCGGGUGUGGGUGGCCAAAGUGGCAGCGCUGCCACAGCGGCAGCAAACAAUAACAAUGAGCUAUUGAAUAGGAAAUUCAAGGAUGAAAAACAUCCCAGUUCGAAGGGCUUUCUGUCGCGUUUUGCGCAUGGCUUGCGCUUCUCCUUGAGGCGCAAGAACAAAAAACAAUUGCAGCAGCAGCAACAACAGCAACAGCAAAAAGAGUGGCAGGAGCAGCAGAGCGGUGAGCAAAAUGGGGUGGAUAAAUCUACGAUGCGUAAAAGUUUCGGUAAGUCGGCAACACUGCCACAACAACAACAGCGACAAGCAAUUGCACAACAGUUGCCGUCGUCCUCAUCUACAACAAAUAAAACUAAGCGCGCGUCCGCUCAGAGUGGACCCGACUAUAUAUACAUACCGUUAAAAGGUCCUAUACCACCAGCAGGUACACAACCACCACCACCACCAUCGGUUAUGACUGCCGCGAACGGUGGCGGCGGCGGCGGCGCCUCCACUACACUACCGGCCAACUUUAGCCCAGCUGAUGCAAAAGUUGGCGCCAAAGGCCAACAAACACUGACAGCUACUCCAAACAAACCAAACAACAGCACCACCAACAAUAACAACACGAACAACAACUCUACUAUCAAUUCGAACCGCAGCGGCAGCGACAUGAGUGAUAUGCGUGCCAUUACCGAUAAAAAUGGUGAGCCGCUCGUUACCGGCAAGCCGCCGAAGCCCUAUCGUUACGGCACCGUACCGGCCACCACCUCAAGCACGACUAUUAUAACCAAAUACUUUGGCAGUGGCCGGCGACAGGGCGGUGGCGGUGUGCCGGCACAUGCGCACAAGGAUGGCACGGGUACAUCAAAUGCAGCCAACUUCAAGUCGCGUAGCCAAUUCUACACUGAUUUUCUCGAUGCCGAACGUUCGUACUAUGCUGAUGAAGAAAUCGAAAAACAGUUAGAUGCGGGCUUGCAAGCGAACGGCAACACCGCUGUCACAUCAACGCCAAUAAACGUGCACGCGUCCGCUAACGUGCUCAAAGAUACGAACGUAGUAGUAACGCCGCAACAACAAGAUAGCGUACGCGAAACAAAUAAUUCUAGUGUACCGGUUAGUGUUGCCGCAGCAGCAGCAGCAGCAGCACGCGAAUAUAGUGUGGAGUACGAAACUCCUUCGACAGCACAAGAGACGGCUCAAAGCGGUUAUUCCUUGCCGGGUGUAGCACGCGAAACCGUUAUGUUAUUAACAACCGGUGGUUCCCCCGGUGGUGUCGCUGCCGCUAGCAGCGAUGGGAACGCGCGCGUUGUUGCGCCCACCUAUACAACCAUGUCGAAUGCGUAUUUGCAGCACACCAAUAAUAACAACAAAAUCGGGUUGAUCGAAACGAAUUUGGAUACGCAUGAAACGGUUAUAUCGGGUAAGACGCGUUCCUUGGUGGAUAUCGUCGGUCCACAACAGCAUCAACAACAACAAUACGGUCUUGUUGGCGGUCGGGGCGUCGGUGCCAUCGGUGGCGGCGUGGCAAAACGGUUGAAUAUGAGCGCGGCGUGUGGUGACGAUGCGGAUUAUUUUGAAGGCGAUUUGGAUGAGGAUGAUGUGCGUGUGUAUGGUGGGCAUGAUGUUGGUGGCCGCGGUGGUACUGUUGUCAUCAAAUCAACAACGGCGAAUGGUAGUCAAAUUGCGUCGGUGCGUCGACCGCACAAAAGCAUGGAGUUCCUGUUGGAUAAGGAGAAUCAGAAGAAUGUUUUGCCACCCGAAAAUGAGCUUCAGAAAUCGCACGAUCACAAUCCGGCCGCCUUGAGCGAACAUCAGUUGCGCGUGCAGGCCUCGCUGCAGCGUCUCAACAUACCCGACUGGUUCCGACAAUACAAUCAGAACACAUCACGCUCGCCGGAGGGCAAUACAGUGGUCGGCGGCGCCUACAAGCCCGGCAAUUUCACACGCAAACGCACCACAGAAUCUGGCCGUUGGGCGGGGCUCAACUCGAAGACCACAUCACUCAGUUCGCUUGGCUCACAGCGCUCCGAUCGCAGUCCACUACUGCUCAGCCCAUCAGCGCAUAGUCAUCAUGGCGGUCAGGUGGCGCAGCAGCAUGGCACCGCAGGCACAAGCGCAUACGGCACAGGUGGUGGCGGUGCAGGCGCAUUUUCACGCUGGUCCACCUCGCAUUUGAAUUCGUCACAAACAUCACCGAGCGUUUCGCAACGCGGCUCUUUCACGCGCGGCGGUCCAAUCAACUCCAGUUUCAUAUCGGUGGCUAGCGGACAAAGUAGUGUGAUAAGAAGUUCCUACCGGCAGCCAUAUUUGGGUUGGCGCAGUCAGGAGAAGCUGUCACAGCGCACGCCCCAUGAACGCUUGGCUUCGUCGUUACUCGCGCAACAACAACGCACAUCGCCCACACAAAAGAGUGCCGGCGUCGCUGCAAAUGGUGAAAAUGGCAAAUUGCUGCCAGUUACACCGGAAAUACAGAGCUCCAUUAAGGAGGUCACAUCGGCGAUUGUGCAUUAUGUGAACGAUCAAACGCAACAACAACAACAGCGCAGCAGAUCGACGAGUCCCAACUCGAGAAAAUGUUGGCUUGAAUCCUCAUUUGUUGGCAUACGCCCGCUGGACUCACCACAAACACCGGUCAUCGAGAAUACAGCAACUGCAUUUAGUAGCGCUACCAAUACCAACAACACCACCAAUAAUAACAGCGUCAGCAGCAGCCAGUAUAACAAUUACAAUUAUAAUUACAAUUACAAUACGAAUAAUUCAUCAACAAAUACAUUAACGGCAAUAACAACACCAAAUAGUAUUGGUGGCAUUGGUAUCACCACAGCGAUCACCACAAAUCCACAUGUAUUACGCAUGAACGGUCUGAGUAUCGUUGGCGGUGGUGAGUCGACAAUUAUGAUUUUGCCCAAUUCGGAAACCCUGAAUUUAGCGCCAGAACGCUCGUUGAGCACCGCAUCGCUAGAAGAUGUCUUAGCCUCACUAUUAGGACUGCCAUCGUCGUCAGCGUCAAGUGGUGGAGUGCAGGGCGUGAACGUAGGCGCUGGUGCGGGUGCAGGUGCGAGUGCGAGUGCAGGCGCUAGCGUCGGCGUCAACGUCAGCGCGGGCCCAUCCUCCACAAGUGAUCCAUACGCUAGGUCCACGACGACAGGUAUGAACCUUAUACAAAAAACAAAAAUUAGACUUGUUCAAAUAAUCAUGCGCGCGCGCGAUUCAGCUAGUCAGUCCCUGGUCACAUUUCGUCAUAUGCCGCAGCAGCAACAGCCGGCACAAAACCCCCAGUCCCAGUCACAACUACAACAGUCCCAACAGCAACUACUACUGCAAUUACAGGCUGAGCAGCAACGCUUGCGCCGCCGCAGUGAGGGCGAUGCACCGCAACAACAAAAACAACAGCACCAACAGCAAACACAACUCUACAACCAAAAUGCCAAAACCAACUCGACAGCCAAUAAAACGCACACCAACGCUGGCAACUUCCAAGAUAACAGCAACACGCCCGCUAUCGGUGGAGGCGGAGCUGGCGGAGGUGGCAGCUGUGUCAUCGGCACCGGGAACGCCACACAGCCGACGCGCCGUGUCUCGCUCGGCGACAGUUCCGAGUCCAAUAACAAGACCACAUCCGAAUUGCAGAUCAAGUGCCGCAACACCAAGUGCGAUCGUAGCGCCACGCCCGCGGACGCCAAAAAGUAUUACAAGUCAUGCCACAAUUGUACCCAUUUAUAUUGUUCGCGUGAAUGUCGACGCGCCCACUGGGAGAAGCACCGCAAGGCGUGUCUGCACUCACGUGCGUCGAAUUUGUGCCGCCAAGUGUUAGCCACCUGCAAGGACGAUGUCGAUUCGCAGCGCCAUCUCAGUCUGCUGGCACGCAAGGGCUCCCUGUCGCAGGGUCGCGGCGUUGUGCGGGUGCUCUUCCGUUCCGCCGAGGCGGCUGAGAGUUUCAUCAAGCACGGCUUUCAGUGUAUGGGCGAGGCGUCCUAUGUGCGUUGGCCCGAUCUGAUGCCCGCCGAAAUGGGUCUCGAGCUGUACUCGGAGUUGCUCAAGCUAAGCACCGAAUACAAGCCAGACUCGAAGAUGCUCAUCUAUGUGGCCAUAUGUGUGGUGAGCGAAGCGCCGGGCAUGGGACAGGCGCCAGUACGCUGGGAACGCCAGCUGGUCUCGCGUUGUGCCAAACUGAAACUCUGCAAGAGCAUCCUAGCCGAGCUGGAGCAACAGCAACAGGCCCUCCAACAGCAACAGCCACCGCUGACAGUUGUCGCUGUACCGGAACCCACCACCGAGAUACUUAUACUCACAUUUAAUCCGAACUUGCGCUCGAAUGCCAAUCAAGGCGAACUCAUACUCUCCAACAUACUGGAUAUAUUAUCUCGGCGUGGUGUGUUGCUGCGUAAACAUUAUCCGGAGAUUUAUCAGCGGCUACAAACCUACACCGAUGGACAAACGGAGAAAUUCAAUCCGGUAACAUUGCAUCCGCGCGACUCACAGACAGGCAAGAGCUUCGUUUGCAUUAUUAUGCCAGUGCAUUCAUCUGACAAUGAUGUCAUCAAGUUGCCAUCUGCCUCGGAUGGCGGCAAUCGUGUGACCACCAUCGAUGUGGGUUCGCCGGCAGCUUUGGCGCAACUUGACGAUGAUGAGCUGCUUACGCGUUCCUCGAGUUGAUUUUUAAAAAGCAAUGGUCGAGGCAGUACGAAGAAACGCUCUUCGUCGGCGGGCGCUGCCAAUUCGACGGCGUCGGAUCUGUUAUUACUGACAGCGUCAGCGGAUGUUGCCGCCGGCUCGUUGACGUUGGAGAGCACGCGUAUGUAAGGAUUGAGGAACUAUGAAAGCUACGAUUUUAGCAAUUAAGUACGCAGCUUGUAUAGGGUUUAAGAAAGUUAUUAAUUAUAAAAACAUACACACGUGAAUAGAUACAUAUAAACUUGUAAUCAUUCUCUCUUAUUGCCUGAAAUGCAUACGAUCAAAAUAAGCUUCCCCUAUACGCAACAAUUGAAGAAACGCAUACUCGUAUAUACAUACAUACAUAUGUAAUCACAUGGAACACACUUGAAAGCUUAAAAACAUACAUACAUAACAACUCGAUCGCGAAUACGCAAACAAUUCUUCCAUGGUUCGCUUAAAUCAUUCUCGUCUUCGGAAGUCACUUUUUGCUAAAUUUUCCUAAAUCCAUUUUAUCUUAACAUACACGUGCAUACAUAAGUAUAUACCGAUGUAAAUGACCGUAGCCUAUACAUACAUACAUACACUGCCGGCAAAAAGUAUUG